UUGACGCUUUCUAGAACAGCCGUCACCGCUUGCCACGGCAUCUCCUAUUUCCAGGCGGCCCGUCGCAGCGCAUGACGCACGCAGCCAUGUCACGCGGAUUGCGAUUCGGGGGGGGACGCCAAAAGAUCACUCAACCAACCACAGUACACCACACACUCGCUGCCACCGACAGUCGUCUCCCACCUCCUCCCGUGGCGAAAUCCGAGCAGCGCUUGCGAUGUCAGCAGGCAUCGCAUGCUGUUGCAAUGCGUCGGGAAGAGCUGUCCGCUGCCCAGCCCUGUAUCCCAACGAGUCGCCAGCCUUACCGCUGCCAUCUGCAGCACGACUUUUUUCCAGGCGGCUUGAAGCGGCCCGUGAAAGUACGUCCUGCUGAUCGCGGGUUCCUUGAAGGAAGCGGCCUGAUUGCGGAUUCCUCGGGAACACCAUGGCCGUCGAUCUUCUGAGCACGUCUCAGCCGAUCUUCAGAGCACGUCACAAAUUCCUCCUGUGAUCGUACGGGCGCGAAGCAUCAUCUGGCGACUAACGUCGCUGUCAGAACUUAAUCUGUGCUGGUCUGCUGGUGGAAGCAUCAAGCGAGCAGACAUGAGGACGGCUCUUUCUGCAUGGCUAUCCGGAGUUAACAAGCCACUGGAGGGCGGGGCGAUUCACUCCCGUCCUCCGCGCGCAGCUUAUAACGAGGAUGGUACACCCGAGGUGGCAGUGUCAUGGGAGGACUGGCAGCGGGCGUACGAUCACGCCAAACGUGCUGAGUCCAGCAGCAGAAGCAGCGAGAUCGCAAAAGGUGCAGGCCAUGCCAAACACGCCGACCGAAGCGACCAAAAACCCAGACAAGAACCCUGGGAUUGGCAGUCAAGGCAGCCUGGGCCGCAUUCAGGGGGACAGUCGCAGGGCGUUAUCGGCGGGCCGGGGAGUUGGGAGGAUUGGGGACGGAGGGGAGAGGAGAGGCAACGGGAGGGGCAGUGGAGGCCGGGUGUUGGCGCAGUGCCUGCAGCUGGUGAUGGUGGUGGUGAGAGCGCGUGGGAGAGCCGCCAUGCUCCCUCUGCUCCGCCUGUGUGGGAGAUGACCGGUGCACUGGCUAACAUGGGAGCCCAGCAUGUUCCCCCAUCCAUUCGUGGGUGGGAGAGUGCUAGUGAAGGGCCCCAAGAGCAGAGAGCACAGCUGGGUGAUGGAGGUGGCACGGGAGGGAGGAGAGCUGGAGUUGGCGCAAUGGCGGCGAUUGGAGGGCUGAUGGGAGGAGAGGUGACAAUAGGAGGUGGGCGAGUAAGGGGAUGUGAUGCAGUAGUUGGGGGAAAUGGAGGCGGAAGCAAUGUUGCAGAGGUGGAGGGGAGGAGGGGAGGAGGGAGCGGCGUGGUGGGAGCAGUGAGGGAGUGUGUGGCAGUGGAUUGGGUACCUGAGAGGCUGCUGGUGAAGUUCCAACAGCGAGUGGCACUGUAUCGAAUCGGAUUCAACUUCCAGUUCCGCCAUUCCCACCACACACCUGCAUCCAUCCCCUCUGCCAUGCCACCCCUGGCCUCUCCAUCCACCCCUCCGGCAACUUGGCACACUCUAGCCCCUGCCAGAGGCACGAGCCAGAGCCACCCUCUCAUAUCCGUCGGCCCCUAUCAGGCCUAUCCCUCAGACGUCAAGGUGGUCAUCAAGCCAUCAACCCCCACCCCUCCAUCCAAAGCUGCUCCGAAGCUCCCAGCACCUGCUAGCACUGCUGCCAGACUCGCCAGCACGGCAGCCAGCAUUGCCCGGGCGGCAGUGGGAGGGGGGAAGCUGCAGCUGAUGCCUCUGGCGGGCACAGUGCAGGUUGUAUCUGGACGGGUGGGCCUGCUGGGACUGGCAGACGCCCAGGUGCAUCUCUCCCACCACUGGCCCUCCUCCUCCUCCCAGCUCCGCUUCCUCCUGCACAGCCCCUUCUCCUCCGCUCACACAUGCGCCUGUAGCAGCAGCAGCAGCAGCAGGCACCCCAGGGCCAGCAGCAGUUAUGGCAGCACCACCCAUGGCAGGGAGGUGCAACCUGGUGCCGCCAAUGGCGCAGCCCUACAUGGUGGGAGCAGCAGAAGCAGCAGCCAUCUGAAUGCAAGCAGUUUUGUGAGUCUAGACAGCUGUGGGUAUGCUAGGGGCGGUGUGUCUGCCAGUCCAGCCACUUCUGCCGGGGAAGGAGGUGUGUCCAGUGCAGGGCGGAGCGUGAUGGAGCAGCAGGGGAUUGGGGCAGCAGGGAGCAGCAGCGGUGGUGUGGUGCAGGUGGCAAGGGCCAAGGCAUGUCUUCCCAUGUGGCAUGGCAUGGAUGUCAGACUCACAGGCUGCCUGCGAUACUCCAUGCCAUGGUACAUCGGGACCUACUCUCGUUACUUCGCAAGUUCUUCCCUUGCGAUGUCCUUGGGUUCUUUCCACCUUGCUGUGGACAAGGUUGAGACAAUAUUUUCCCUGUAGUAGUGAUGCAUUACUGGUAGUUGUUCUGUAAACAGUAGUCAUAAGUAUUCACCAAGAUCAAAGCUGGAUGCUUUUUUUUCUGCGGAUAUUUC